CGUGGUUUUUAAUUGGCGGCAUUGUCUGCAAAUUGUAAAAGAUGUCACUCUUUGUCUCUCUCCUUCUUGCUCUUUUCCUUGUCUCUCCUAUCACAGGACAGUCCGGAGACAUGGAGCAAAAUUGUUCCUCAGCUUUUAAAGUUACCUAUCCCUCAAUCCUGCUUGCAAAUAUACAGUUCCAGUUUAUUGUGGAUCUUCCUCCUUAUUUAGAUGUUGGUGUUCCUCUACCGGAAAACAUUAACAUUACGAUGCUCAACAGCGAUGGUAUCCUAUUGUUUAGUGGCAGUAUCGCAACUGUUAAAGAUAAUGGAAUGGCUGAUCUCUCUCAUACAUUUACUGAUGCUCCAUUUGAUGAUGCAAAUGAGACACUUCAUAUGGGCCAUCAUACUCUCACUGUUAAAAUGAUUGAUCAAGAUGGAACAGAACUAUGCAGCAAUACACAGACUCUCCUAUCAAUUCCAGGCUGGUUGACUAUACUGCCACCAAUAUUAACUGCAGUCAUUGCCAUUGCUUUUAGGCAAGUUCUGUUGGCUCUUUUAAUUGGAAUAUGGCUAUCUGCUUGUCUUGCACGUCAAUAUAAUGUCUUUGCAGCUCUUCUCAGGACUCUUGAUUAUUACAUUGUUAGCUCAAUGGGAGACUUUGACCAUGCUGAGAUUAUUAUUGGCACUUUUUUCCUUGGUGGUCUAAUUGGCCUAGUACAGAGAUCGGGUGGUGGCUUGGGAUUAGCUAACAUAUUCAGGCGCUUUGCCAAAACUAAUCGAAGGGCUUCCAUUAUUUGUUUCUGUGUGUGUCUUCUAAUAUUCUUUGAUGACUACACAAGUAUAUUAGUUGUGGGAACCAGCAUGAGAACUGUUAUGGCAAGCUCUGGUGUCAGUAAGGAUAAGUUUGCAUUCAUUAUUCAAAGUAUGGCACCAACAAUGGCUAGCUUCAUACCAAUAUCAAGUUGGAUUGGUGCUCAGUUGGGGUAUGUUAGCUCUGGUUUCGACAACUGUGUUUCUGUUACACCCAACAAGUAUUCUCCAUUUGAAAUCGUAUCACGCUCACUACCAUACAGGUUCCUACCAAUACUGAUGCUCUUUUGCGUCAUCCUUGUCUGUAUACUAAACCGUGACUUUGCUUGUAUGCUCACUUCUGAGAGAGAAAGUUAUAAAGAACUUCACAGAUCAACUCAAGCCAUUCCUCCACCAGUUCCAGUUUCACGGCCUUCUGUUUCUCCUCCUUUAACUGAAAGAGAAGCCAGGGGUGAUAGGCAGGAGCUUCAUUGCUCCUCAGAUAUAUCUAAUAAUGAUGACUUGGAGGACACUAGUGAAGGACCCUUGUCUCCUAAACGUGGAGUACCUCACAGAUGGUUUAAUGCUAUCAUUCCUUUUGUUAUUGUAAUCGUUCUAACAUUUUCUGGUAUGAUAUUGGACGGUUGGUGGUUCAUCAGAGAAAACAACAAAGAUGAUAGCAAUGAAAGGAUAUCAGUGUCUAUUACUAAUAUAUUUGGUAAUGCUGAUGCCAUGGCUGCUGUCAUAUGGAGCGUUUGUCUGGCUACUCUUAUCCUCUCUGUUAUGUUAAUGGUCCAGAAGAUACUCUCAUUCUCUGAAGUGAUGACCUCUUGGAUUGAAGGAGUGAAGGAUGUCAUUGAGCCGUUGUUUAUCCUUGUUCUUGCUUGGGCACUAGGCAGUGUCAUUACUGAGACUCAGACUAGUAAUUUCAUUGCUCAGGUACUCCGUUCUGGUAAUAUUUCUGCUGAUUAUGUUCCAGUGAUAACAACCAUCAUUGGAUACUUCAUGGCCUACUGCACUGGAUCAGCAUUUGGCACAAUGGGAAUAUUGUUCCCACUGGUUAUUCCAACAGUCUGUCAUCUGACUGAUGAUCCUGACAUUCAAGUACAAGCUGCUGCGGCCAUCCUGUCUUCUUGCAUAUUUGGAAAUUUGAUGUCUCCUAUUGCUGAUCUCACUGUCCUCACUCGUGUGUCUACUCAGUGUGACCUCAACUCUCACAUCAAGACCUGCUCUCCUUAUACAGAUUCAGUUGUUGCAGCCUAA